AUGGGCAAUGACGACAGCCUCCAACGCUGGGCAGCAGCCACCACCAUCGCGGUGACGGUGCUGGCCUUUGUGUCUGUAUGUCUGCGGCUGCUCUCGCGAUGGGAGCGAAAGCAAAAGCUAUGGUGGGAUGACUGGAUCAUUCUCUGGUCGAUGGCCUGGAACUUCGUCGUCGUAGGUUUCAUCUUCGCCAUGAUCCACAACGGCAUGGGCCUGCACGCCGACACAGUCGACCCCGAGAACAUCGUCCUCAUCGCCAAGUUCCUCGUCGUCGCGGAGAUCCUCUACGUCUUCAACCUCGUCUGGACCAAGAUCAGCAUCCUCUUCAUGUACUACCGCAUCUUCCACUUCCCCCUACUUCAAGCGUGGGCCUACGGCAUCGGCACCUUCAUCAUCUGCUGGGUCAUCACCAUCACCUUCCUCUUCGUCUUCAUCUGUGUCCCCGUCGAGAAACUCUGGUACCCGCAGCUGCCCGGCCACUGCAUCAACCAGGUCGCUACGUGGAUCGCCAACGCGACCUCGACCAUCGCCACCGACCUGUCAUCCUGUUCCUGCCGAUGCCUCAGAUCUGGAAACUGCAGCUGCGGACGUCUGAAAAAACGUGGUCUUCGCCUCCGCCUACCGCCUCACCGUCCUCUUCUCCUACACACCCUCGACUCCUCCUACACGCUCGCCCCAACAGUCGCCUGGACAGCGAUCGAAAUGUCCGCCGGCAUCGUCUCCGCCUGCCUGCCGACAAUGCGGCCCGCCCUCCAAGCCGGCGCACGCCUACUCGGCAUCCAGCACGCGAUGCCCGCCCUGCUGCGCAGUCGCACCGACGCCCUAUCCAAGGGCCAGUCGAGCGGGACGCGGCCGCACGACCUGUCGAUGAAAGACGGGAGCCGCACCGGCACGGGCGGCGCCCGCCGCCACUCGUUCUACUAUCUGCCGGACGAAAACGACUCGCAGGGCGAGGGGGCCACGAGUCCGGAGAUCUGCGACCGGGGUAUGACUGCGGGAAGAUGA